AUGUCUCCAGAGGACCGCAUGGCAAGAUCCAAAUCGAGUGAAGAGGUGGGCGAGAGGAACAGGUCCAAGCUCCCUCAGCCGGCAAUAAUACUAGACGAAAACACGCCCCUGAUUGCAGAGCCCGAACCCGUUCUGGACGAGCAGGGCCCUACCGUUCAAGGACAGAUCGAGGAGCCAUCAAACGAAGGGGCUAACGCCAGGACUAGCUUGCUGGGCAAUUACCAUCACAGUCGCAUUUGUGGGCGAAAUAACUGCAACCACGGCACCUUCUCCCCCCGAGCCCCUUCAAUCGACAGCGAAAGAAGCACCAUCAACUCGUUCGGCGGACCAUACGCGGACGACGUUGCCGAAGAUGGGAGCACACAGGAUCCAGUCCGUGGUAUACUGGGCGAGGCUAUCACAGAAUCAUUGACAAACAGCAAGAGCUUGAGCACUACACGAUGGCUGGCCAAAAGGCACGGAAUCAGAAGCCAGAGAUGGAUGUACUUCUCCUAUUAUUUCCCCGUUAUCAAGUGGGUUCCUCAAUACCGCUGGAGCUGGUUUCGGGGUGAUCUUGUCGCGGCCCUUACUAUGGCCUCCUUCUAUAUCCCCAUGUCGCUUUCAUAUGCUUCGAAUCUCGCCCAUGUACCACCAAUCAACGGACUAUAUUCAUUCGUCUUCAACCCGCUAAUUUACGCUCUUCUUGGUUCCUGCCCGCGGAUGGUUGUGGGUCCGGAAGCAGCUGGCUCUCUGCUGGUCGGCCAAGUCGUGAAGACAUGUAUAGCGAAGGGAGAAGCCGGGGAUGACGAUGCCAAAUUGAAUGCUGAGAUCGGCGGCGUCGUCACUGCAAUAGCCGGAGCCGUUAUUUUCACGGCAGGUCUCGCACGUCUCGGUUUCCUCGACAGUGUCCUCAGCCGACCCUUUCUACGAGGUUUUAUUAGUGCUAUCGGAUUCGUUAUAAUCGUUGACCAAUUGAUUCCGGAAUUGGGAUUAUCUGAGGCUGCUAAAAGACAGGGUGGAGUUGCACACGGCAGUAGUGCUCAAAAGAUCAUGUUUCUCUUCAAGAACCUAGAGAAAACCCACACUUUGACGGCCGCAGUAUCCUUGGGAGCAUUUGUUGUUAUCAUGAUAUUCAGAUUUAUGAAACAGAGGCUGCAACCCAGGUACCCUUCGGUAGCAUACUUCCCCGAUCGCUUCAUUAUCGUUGCGCUUUCUGCGGUAUUUGCCUGGAGAUUUAACUGGAACAAAAAAGGCCUCGACGUUCUCGGAGAGGUCAAGUCAGCCACUGGUGGCACUGGCAUUCCGUUCCACUGGCCGUUCCAGUUCCGGCACAUGAAACAUAUCGACACUGCCUUGAGCACUUCAUUCUUGAUUGCACUACUAGGCUUCUUCGAAUCUUCCGUGGCAGCCAAAAGCUUGGGUGAAGGGGGUGAACUGAAGCAUAUGACACUGAGCGCCAACCGUGAAUUGAUCGCACUGGGCACAGCGAAUAUUGUGGGCGGCUUCUUCAUGGCUCUCCCUGCAUUCGGGGGCUAUGGAAGAAGCAAAGUCAAUGCUUCCACCGGCGGCACGACGCCCAUGAGCAGUAUUCUGCUGAGUCUGAUCACGCUGCUAUGCGUGCUCUUUGUGGUACCGUAUUUCUACUACCUACCGAAAGGCGUUCUGUCAGCGAUGGUCUCAGUGGUUGCGUACUCAUUGAUUGAGGAAUGCCCUCAUGAUAUCAGGUUCUUCUUGAAAAUCAGGGGAUGGACUGAGUUGUCAUUGAUGACCAUUAUCUUUGUGGCGACAGUGUUUUACUCUCUCUCAGUUGGAAUGGCAUUGGGUAUCGGCCUCUCACUGUUAUCUUUGAUUCGGCACGCCACCAAACCCAGGAUACAAAUCCUCGGCAAAGUACCUGGCACGACAAACCAGUUCGAAAACGCGGAACUUACGCCAGAGAACAUUGAGUAUAUCGAGGGCUGUCUGAUCGUCAAGAUCCCAGAGCCGCUCACUUUCGCGAACACCGGAGAGCUGAAAAAUCGUCUGAGGCGGCUGGAGCAGUACGGGACGAACGCGGCCCAUCCGUCCUUACCGCGAGUGCGACACGAAGACAACAAUCGAAACAUCAUUUUCGAUGUCCAUGGAGUUACAACAAUUGACGGCUCAGGAACGCAAGUCUUCACCGAAAUCGUGCAGGAGUAUGUCAAACGAGGCACCCGUGUCAUUUUUUGCCGCCUCCCCCAGAGGCGAAGCAAGGUAUUCAAGAGUUUCGAAAGAAGUGGAAUUGUAGAUUUAUGUGGUGGUAGAAGACAUUUCGUGGGUAGCGUUGAGGAGGCCUUAAGGUUGAGCGAGGCCGAGGACGUUGAAGAAUAUUUCAGCGAGAGGCUGGACAGCCACCAUCACCAGCUCUGA